CUCGAGGUCACCGUUUUGCGCUGUUGCUAAGGAAGUGAAUCUCCACUGGCUACACGUCAAUUAGGCCAAAAUAUUCGCAGAUCAAAUUACAAGAAGAAAAUAUUCGCGUUUCAAAUUACAAGAAGGAAAAGUGACCACUAAAACGAAAGUAUGGAGAUACAGCUCAGAUUUCGAUCGUUGAUAGUACUACCGGCCGUAGCAAAAUGGCGUGGAGCUCGGCUUCUCAAGUUCCACUAAACUGGAGUGUAGAUGGAGAUGGCCUAGACGACAUUGUUCUGUAUAACAGGUGGAAAGGGUCUAAUUUAGGAACCGUGCAGCAAGCUUCUCUGGAAUUACCACCAGUACACCAUCCCAUAUAUCCUAAAAAUUUGUUUGGAUGUCGUUCGUCAUCUGAGAUGCCCAGCGGGGGAAGAGAUUCGUUGCAUAAGGCUUCAAGAGAUGGAGAUCUAAAGAAAAUAAAGGAAAUAGUUCAAAAUAUCGGCAAACUGCAGGCAGGAAAUGGCUCUUUAAAGAUCAAAUUGGAUAAGAAGGAUAAGGAUGGAUAUACAGCAAUCCAUUAUGCAGUUCGUUAUGGACACGAGAUGGUCACUCAAUACCUGAUUGAGAGUGGAGCAGACCUUAAUGUUGUUGCUGACAAGGGCAUUCAGCCAAUACACCUAGCAGCAAGACAUGUGAAAGCACUGUACAGGCAUAUUAGUAGUGAAGACUCUUUGGAAACAAUACUCCUUAGGGAGGGAAGUCAUCCUGCUUCAAUUUUAAAGAGGUUGCUUGAAAAUGGAGCUGACUGUAAUGCCAGAGAUUCUUAUCUGCAAACACCAUUGCAUUAUGCUGCGUCAAAAGGCAAUGCUGAUGCAGUUGAGUUACUGAUCAAUACCAAAGGCAUUAAAUUGGAUGCUGAAGACAAAUCAAAGGCCACUCCACUCCACUGUGCCUGUAGUCUUGGCUCGAUUCCAGUUGUUAAUCUGUUACUAUUAGCCAAGGCAGAUUUACUAAGACGUGAUGAUGAGGGUCUGACCCCUUUCCAUUAUGCAGUUAUGUCUGGACACCUUGAGCUUUUAAAGAGAAUUAUUGGGCUGUGUGAGACGUUAUCUGGAUUCAUUGAUCUCAGUGCUCUAGUAACAGAUAUGGAUUACAAUAACCAAACUGCCCUGCACCUUGCUGUUGUAAAUGGUUACUAUUCCAUUUGUGAGCUGCUUUUGGAAAAAGGUGGCAGAGUCAAUGAUGAUCGCCAAGGGUCAAUGACACCACUGCAUUUAGCAUCUUUGAAUGGAAACUGCAAUGUUGUCAGUCUGCUUCUUGAGAAGCAUGCUUACAUAGAAGCCAGAAGUAGCCAAGGAGACACACCAUUGCAUGGAGCUUCUAUGAUGAACAGGGAGGAUGUUGUGUCAAUGUUGAUUGAAAAGGGUGCCAGUGUUAAUGCUAUGAAUGAAAAUGGGCUGACUCCGUUAAUGCUUGCAGUUCAAAAAGACAAUUCGAAAAUUGCACAGUGUCUUAUCGAAGAGGUUGGAGCAAGAAUCGAUGUCGGGGAUGUAUCUGAGAAAACAGCCAUGUUUUUGGCGGCGGAGGAAAAUUCUGUAGAGUCACUUCGUGUAUUAUUGAAUUGUCCAUAUUCACCCGAGAUCAUCAACGUGGGUGAUCGAUACGACAGCACUCCUCUGCACGUUGCCGCCAUGAAAGGUUAUAAUGGCAUUGUUCGUAUGCUGUCCGAGAAAGGUGCGAAGCUUGAUGCUGUUGAUGAUGAAGGGCGUACAGCACUCCACCUCAGCGCCGAAUCUGGACAUGUCAGUAUUGUUCGACAGCUUCUUCAGAAGAAAUCAGCAAUGGUGAGCGAUGAGGAUGACUCUUGCAACACUCCUUUGCAUCUUGCCUCGAAGAGAGGUCAUGCUAUGGUGGUUGACACAUUGAUAGACUUUGGUGCUGUUGUAGUUGUCCGGAAUGCUGACCUGUGGACUCCUCUCGACUGCGCAGCGGCCAAUGGCCACGUUGCUGCGGCACGUACUCUGCUAGACCGAGGCGCAGAAGUCGAUCCGAUUGACAGAGCAAAAGUAACGCCCGUUCAUUUGGCGUGUCAGGGUGGCUACGUCGAAAUGACCAAAUUGCUGUUAGAGUAUGGAGCAAACAUUGCAUUAUUAAAUGCAGAAGGGAAAAACUGUCUUGACAUUGCCGUGGAUAAUGGCCAUAAGGACGCUGCAUUGGCAAUUUUGGGACAUAGUGAAUGGCGAACGGCAAUGAGGCAUCGCACCCCAGAAGGAGGCAGGAUCACCACACCAAUGAGGAGGAUGAUCGAAAAGCUGCCUAGUGUGGCACUGGAGGUGUUUAACAAGUGCAUCAAAGUUGGGAAAGAAGAAGGCGCUUGUGUAGUUACGUUGUACUAUGAGUUUCUUGACGAUACUUACGCGAACUGGAAUAUGGAAAUGGACAUGUUGGAAAAUAUUGGUGAUGCCUACACUUUGGUGCAGUUGCUUAUUAAAGAUGGAAAAGCAAAAACGUUCGAGAAAGAGUUAGAUAAGAAAAAGAAUCACCCUCUUUCUAUUAUGGUGGAGCAUGAGCAAGAGAAGUUGUUAGCGCAUCCGCUGGUGAGGUCUUUGCUGCACGCUAAAUGGCGCAGUUUUGGCCGGGCAAUCUACUAUCCGAAGCUUGCUCUCUACUGUGUUUUCUUGUGCUUCUUAACCAGCUAUGCAAUCGUUUCAACCUCUCUCAUUGACGAAACAAUAGCAAACGCCACGUUGACUAAUAGCAGUUUAGCAAAGAGUGAUGUUAAGAAUUCCAUUCUCAGUGUCAGCGUGAUUAUUGUCGUCUUGCUUGCAGGAUUUCAGUUGAUAUUAGAGGUUAUUCAAGUGAUAAGCAGAAAGCUGUCUUAUUUUUCGUCAUCCGAAAACCUAAUCGAACUCAUUGUUUUCAUUUUUGCAAUUGUUUACGUCACUGGAUACACAGAGAAGAAAGAUUACGGCAGAUUUGAGUCAGAUUCAGUUCAUAUCAGCAUUGGAUCUUUGGCAAUAUUUCUUGCUUGGGUGAACUUGCUUCUGUUUCUUCGAAAGUUUCCGAAACUUGGAAUAUACUUUGUUAUGUUCGCUGAUGUUUUUAGGACGUUCUCACUGUUCUCUGUUACCUUUUCGCUUUUCAUCAUUGCCUUUGGCCUGAGUUACUAUGUACUUCUUAGCAAACAGCCACCAUUUGCUAGCCCUGGUCGUUCGAUUAUGAAAACUAUCGUGAUGAUGAUUGGUGAAUUCGAAUUCGACGCCAUAUUUAAUGAUGGUACCCAGCCGUAUGGUGUCACGUGGCUCAUAUUCGGUAUUUUCGUUGUUGUCAUGACGAUCAUUCUCAUGAAUCUGCUGGUCGGAUUGGCAGUCGAUGAUAUCAAGACGGUCCAAGACCAGGCUGUUCUGAAAAGAAUGGCCAUGCAAGUUGAGCUGGUUUUGGAAGUUGAGAAGUUCAUUCCUCGAAGAUUUCGCAGGCAUAAUUUCUUUCAAAAUAGUAUCAAAGAAGUAAUUCGCAUGGGCAAGCCAGUCGACUGGGUAGCGCGGCUGAAGUCUCAUCCAGCUUCUUUGAACGCCAUUGAGGAGGCUAAAAGCCAAUCCAAGGAUCCAAUAGAUGCUGUGAAGGAAGAUACAAGUGGCAUUGUUGAAUCAGUCAAUGAGAUGAAAGCUGAAAUAGCAUCGAUGAAGUCACUAAUGACAGAAUUACUGCAAAAUCAAACUUUGGAUGGAAUCUAAAUUUAGACGAGCAAGUAUAAAAGAAUGUGCAAAUUGAUCCCCAAGAGGGGGGGGGGGGUUAGAGGGUACCAGAGCAUGCAAACCCAGGCAAAAUGUUUUGAUAAGACUGGAAAUUUGGGCUUAUAUUUAGGAAAUUUAAUAUUCAAAACCCAAAAACCUGUAUGCUUUCCUGAAAAAAACUUAAAACACUUAUGACUAAAAUUUUCUAAACCUGCAACCCACCAAAUCCCAAAGCCCCCAUGCCAGACUUUUACAUGCAUAAUUCUUUAAUUUUACAGCUAGAAAGAUAGGGUAUUGUGAUAGUAAUUAUCAUUGGAUAUGAGAGGACACAAGAACAAGACUAUUUGUAGUUUCCCAACAAAUUUUAGGGAAAUUUGUAGACCCCUUAAGGAGCCAGAAGCCCUUGUGACAUUGUAUGCACCCUUGUGAUAAGAAAUUGGGCCAUAAAUAGUCACAUACCACAAAUGAUCAAAGAAUUGUCUGGUGUGCUUAUGUAAAAAUAAUGGGAAAAAAGGCACCCUUUCUUGUUUUGAGGGGGUGCUUAAUAUGCACUGAUGCAUAAAAAAAAACUUCACUAUGCUCAGUCAGCAGGGAUGCUACUUUGGCAAAGGGUUGCUUGUUUUGCACUUGGGUGCAUAUUGGGUCAUUUACCCCCAAUUGUACCUAGUUUGAUGAUGCUGGGUCAACUCAACUAGAGUUAUAUUAUUCAACUACCUACAAAAUUUGAACUAGAAAGAGAAAAAACUAUCCCUUUACAACUGCAAAAUUCAAAAAUUUUGAAUCAAAAGUUUUUUGUUGAAAUGUUAAUUGUUUUCAAGGGCCUCGUUCCAACCAACUUUGAUAUGAAACCUCCACUUCUCAAACGCUUUGUAAAGAUCAAGGUUUAAAUUAAAAGAUAUAGUUUGGGUUUUCGACAAGGUAGAUUUCAGAGUGUCCAUGGUAGAAAACACCAUUAAAACUUUUUCUCAUAACUUGAGUUUUAUAGAAUGAGUUAAGGCAUGUUUUUUUUCAUGUUGUGAAGGAACCCUUUUUGAACUAUAGGAUAAAUUUAUCCCUCCAGUGCCCAUAGUUGAUAACAGCACUUGAAAAUUUGUUAUGUAAUUGUAAUUGAAAAACUGCAAAUAUUAAAUUAAUUUACUCGCAAUGAGUGUUUAUUUGUUAUUUAUGAUAGUUAAUUAGUACUUUAGGAUUGUAACAGUGGCAGCAAUUAGAUUAUUUAAUAUUCUACAAAACUCAUGUUGUUUAGAAAUUUUUAUUAAAGUAUUUAGUAAAUGGUAGUACUGUAUAUAUAUUAACCUUUUAUUUGCAAAUAUGUGAAAGUAGUUAACAAUAAC